GUUCACUUAUUCACAGCUUACCUCCACAUAUUCUCUAGGAUGAGUCGUUCAGCUCAGGCAGAUGCCCUUCCCCCGACCGCACGUUCAAUAGCCCUACUUUUGGCAUCUACUCCUACAGUGCAGGACGCCCAACCAGGCGUAUUGCAUCAACUGCUGGAAUUCUCUCACCGGUAUACGACCCAAGUCCUCUCAGACGCGCUUGUGUACGCGGAACAUGCAGGCAGACCAGGAAAGAUGGAGAUGGACGACAUCGUGCUGGCAGUUCAAGCCCGUGUUGGGUGGGAAUUUGGUGGAAGAGUACCUAAAGAGUAUAUACUAUCACUCGCAUCACAAACAAAUAACGUACCACUACCCCCGGUCCCAGAAGUCUUUGGUGUGCGACUACCAUCAGCCUCAGAAUGUCUGACUGCUGUAGACUUUGACCUGGUGCCGAACCAGCCGCCGCCGGGAGUGAAGCUGUAUGAUGAAGAAGUAGAAGAAGUAGAGGAAUCUGAGGAGGAAGACGAGGAGGACAUGGAACCAGCAGCUAUACCGAGUUCCUCCGCCGAAACCGUCCCCAGUCAACCAACACAGGAGCAAAGACCACCGCCUGCUCCUAUGGGUGCUAUUCAAACUGCCUCUGACGUUGAUAUGAUAACAUCAGGGGGAGGUCUACAGGAGGAAGAAGGAAGUGAAGUUGAGGAGGACGGACUGUUCGCAGGGGGUGACGAAGAGGAGGAAAGCGGAAACGAACAGAUGGAUGUUGCAGUUCCAGCCCCCGAUGCGGCCGUCAAUGGGAUUAAGAGAAAACUGGAUGAGGAUUAUGACUGAGUGACUUGAGGUUGGUGGGACUGGUAUUUAUAGGGAUAUAAUAAACCGUAUGAAAAGUACUAAUCCAGCACGCUGUCUACAUAUGUAUGAAACAUAAUGAUAAUCCAAUACCCC